UCAAUUCCUCAUGACUGGUGUGCGACAGACACAACCUCAAGAACCACUUGUUUUUAUGCCAUGAUCACGUGACUCCAGUGGCUGCAGUUUCAUCGAUGGUUUCUAUCAAUAAAAGAUUAUAUGCAGACAUGCCUUAUGCAACAGGCAAACAAUUUUCAGCUUUAUGGUUUUUCUUAAUCGUGUUUACUUCUGUCCCUGUUAUCACUAAGCAACAUAAUAAGAAAAUAUUUGUAUUAUAGAACCUUCACUACAAGAAUACCUUACUUUGGUUCUGUUCUACAAUACUGUAAAAGUUUCUUUGAGUAACACAGUCCAUCAGUUUUUUCCUUUAAAAAAGUACUCAGCUUCUCAUGAUCCUUGUGAAAUAUAGAGUAAGAAAAAUAAUUCAACUACAAGAACGCAAAUCCAGAAUGAUUGGUAAUGCGCUAUUAGCCUACAACUAAGGCAAGCAUCCACAAUUGCAGCACAUGAAAGAGCAGAAACAUGGCAAGUUAAGGAUCAUCAAGGUUCUAUGUCCUAGGUGUUUCAUGUAAGUAUCUACACUUACAAACAUAAUUUUACAAUUUAAGAAACGGGUUCUGACAAUUUGGCCGAGCAUCAAAUUUUGUCUCCUGUUUGUGGUCUGCUCAAUUCUCUUUUGACAGAGUGCAUUGGUUGAAGAACUAACAUUAAACUAGACCUAAUUCUGUAGUAAAACUCACGUUCCAAAAUACCCUAUGGCAUAAUGUUAUAAAGCAUUUGAUCGAUUGAUAGAAACUGAAGAAGAAAACAUGCACGUAAGUUUCAUUCCAGGAGAAGUACAGGAUCUAUGGGAUAAUUGGGGUCUGGAAAUGCUUGUGCUAUUGAGUUUCACCAUCCAAGUGAUCCUCACAGUGUAUGGAAGCCGCAGAAAGGACAUCCCAGGUAUGAGGACAAGGUUCACAGUUUGGUUCACCUAUUUGCUGUCUGCUUCCCUUCAAAAAAUCAUCAUAGGCAAGCUUACAGUAAUACCUGAAAGUGAUCCAAACGAACGCAACAUAAGACGUGAACUGAAGGCACUGUUUGCACCAUUGCUUCUGGUGCAAAUUGGAAAUCCAGAUGCCAUAACUGCAUACUCAAUUGAAGAUAACAGAUUGGGGCUGAGGCAGUUGCUCACCCUUGUUCUCCAAGUAGCUGUGGUGAUUUGGAUCAUCAUAAAGAGUUGGACACAUUCACAACUCUCUUUUCUGUACUUGCCAUUACUUGUAUCUGGACUAAUCAAGCAUGGAGAAGUUGUUUGGGCUCUUAAGUCAGCACUUACUAAAGGAUCGGGCAUAAUCACCAUUCAAGAAAUUGACCAAGAAGCCAACAUGCCUGCCUUAUUCAGAUUCCUUCCUGAGGAUAUUCCAAACAUAGAGUUGAUCCUAAAGGCUUAUUACCGCUUUAUCUCAUUGAAGCCCCAUCGAGAGCAUUGGCUCUACCAGCCUUUAUACGAAUCAUUACCCCAUAUGUCUAUAGAUGAGUAUGCUCCAGAAGACAUCUUCCACAUCACAGAUGCAGAACUGAGCUUCAUGUACGAUGUGUUGUACACCAAGUCACCUAUAAUCUAUACCAAAGCAGGUUGUAUUCUUCGUGUCGUAAGCUUUUUCAAUUUAGUUCUAACAUUGUGUGGAUUCUCAGUCUUAUUUAGGCAAGAAUUUUCACGCCAUUGGAAAGCAUGUUUUAUAGUUGGGGUGUUAGGUGGAGCAGUUCUCAUGGAGGCAUACCAGAUUGUACAAUUACCGUUCUCAGAUUGGGCCAUAAUUCAAAUGAUCAAGCACAAAGAUCUUCCGUUCAUGAUUCCAUGCUUGAGAAUUCUUGGGCCCAGAGCCGGGAGUUGGAAAAGGUGGUCAAACUCAUUGCCACAGUUCAACUUGCUAAGCUUUUGCAUUCAUGACAAGCCAAUAAGGUGUGGAAAAAUUCUAAAAUUCCGUGGCAUUGACAUGGAGUUGAAAAAGAACAGGUGCAGGACACGCAUAGAAUUUCCCCAAGAACUGAAAGCUCUGAUGGUUCAAGAAAUGAAAGAUAUUGAUGGAGUUAGAAGACUGAAGCACUUCAACCAACGAGGAGAAUGGUCACUCGGCAGGUAUGGCUCGCCCAACGACAUCAAAUGGAGUGUUAAACGAGACUUCGACAAGAGCAUUGCAAUAUGGCACAUUGCAACAGACAUAUGCUACUAUUCAGAGGCUCAUGCCAAGGAUUCAAGCCCCAAAAUCCAAAUGGCCAGAUUAUUGUCCAAUUACAUGAUGUACCUCCUAGCCAUGCGCCCUCACAUGCUGUCCACCACCACUGCCAAUAUAAUAUUUCAACACGCCUGUGAUAAAUUGAAGGGUUUGAAGGUAGACAAAGAACAAUGUGUGAAAGAUGAAAAAGAAGCAUGCAGGAUUUUGAGAACAGAAAGAGUUCCCCAACAUUUAAAUUCUGAGCGGAAAUCAGAAACUGUUGUGACAUCAAAAUGGAACAUGCUUAGGGAUGCCCAGAGACUGGCUAGGAAUUUGAUGCUAAGGGAGAACAGAUGGCAGAUCAUAUGCAGUGUGUGGGUGGAGAUGCUGUGUUAUGCUGCAGCUAAUUGCUCAACAGAUUAUCAUUCUGAACAAAUAAGGAGAGGUGGAGGUUUGGUAACACAUGUUUGGAUUCUGUUAGCUCACAAGACUGAUAAAUAUCACAUCAGUGACUAGUAAUACAUUUACCUUGUUUGUUUCUAACGAAAGUGGAUCUAUAUUUUGUGAGGUUUACAUUCUUCUCUUUGCUUCCGGUUUACGGUUUGUAACGCUAUUUGUACGCAUUCUGAUUUUUUCAGGGACCAUUUUAGAAUAUUCUAACGCACAAUGUGAUGGAAUUUUAGAAAUCAAUAUUCAUAGAUAUUGAGCAUAUAUAGUAUGUAAAACAAUGCAAUUACAGAAUAAUUGGUAAUAAGUGCAUGCCUGUGAAGGAUAGAGUAUUUAUUUCUAUCAGCACUACUGAACCUUUCUUUCUUUCUUAUAAGGGUUUUUCACCCACCUUCUAGGAAAUCAUUGAGAUUAUGUGUGUAAAUUUCUUUAAUGCGGGUGAUAAAUUUGCAAAAGAUCGAAUACAUAGAUCAUAUCUCUAAUUGUCAGAUAACAGUAAAGAUAAUAUUUUAAUUAUUGAUUAAUACUGAUCCAUAAUUAAUUAACCAUUCUCCCAUUUAGAUAGCAUUUUUUAACAGCCAAAAUAUGGAUCAUUAAGCUAGAAUCACAAUUACAACUAAAUCACAUGUCAAACAACAAUGACAAUUGUGAGCAACAAAUAACAUUCAAGAUGGAUAUAUAUCUUGUGCAAUAGCUAAUAAAAAAUGCAACACUACAAUGGUCCAAGCAUUUAAAAAUGAUAAUAUGAAACAUGAUGAAACUGAAAUCAUCUAAAAGAUAUCUCCUAAAAUAUGUAUAAAGCCAGACUUCCACUAAGCAUACCAAAAUUCAUAGCCAAAUUAAUGACCUGCGUGUUUUAGAAAAGCUUCAAAGUUAGGACCUUAGUGGAUAUGCAAACAUCUCCUUAGCCUCAAGGUACUAAAUCCAAGUGAGAAAAUUUUCAAUUUCAUCUAUAACUAAUACAUGAUAUCAACAUGCUUUGAAGGAAGAAUAGUUUUUGUUAUUUCGAGAAAUUUUUACUGCACCAGUAUUAUUGAAUGUAGACAAGUGACCCUAGUCAAAAUAACUAGUAUUAUUGAAAACUCACUGAUGUUUAUGCUUAUAUUUUUCUUUUUAAUUAAUAUACUUUCAACUUUAUAAAAAAAUAAAACUGAGUCAAACACACCCUAAAAACUCUAAAAGCUUUUGAAAACUACCGAAUAGGCUCAUGACAAAGAAUGUGGUGUUCAUUUCUAGUCAGCACACAUAAGCGUUCUU